AUGCAUAAUGCAUCAGAGCGGCGUGUAGCGCGGCCACGGGCCCCCAGCCGCACCGUCGCGCCGCGUCGCUCCUUUGACGAGGACUUCUCGGCGCCGCCGCCUGCCGCCGCCGCUGCUGCUGGAAGCAGAUUUCCGGCGGCAGAUCUCGCCACCACGCUUUCAAACUCUACGCCUUUCUUUGCAUUUGCUGCGUUAUGUAUUUUUGCUAGGGUAAAGCCAGGCAGCAUCGAGCAGCCAGCCAGCAUCAAGCAGCCAGCCAGCGUCCAGCAGCUAGCCAGCGUCCAGCAGCCAGCCAGCGUCCAGCAGCUAGCCAGCGUCCAGCAGCCAGCCAGCGUCCAGCAGCCAGCCAGCGUCCAGCAGCCAGCCAGCAUCCAGCAGCCAGCCAGCGUCCAGCAGCCAGUCAGCGUCCAGCAGCCAGCCAGCGUCCAGCAGCCAGUCAGCGUCCAGCAGCCAGCCAGCGUCCAGCAGCCAGCCAGCGUCCAGCAGCCAGCCAGCGUCCAGCAGCCAGCCAGCGUCCAGCAGCCAGCCAGCGUCCAGCAGCCAGUCAGCGUCCAGCAGCCAGCCAGCUUCCAGCAGCCAGCCAGCGUCCAGCAGCCAGUCAGCGUUCAGCAGCCAGCCAGCGUCCAGCAGCCAGCCAGCGUCCAGCAGCCAGCCAGCAUCCAGCAGCCAGCCAGCGUCCAGCAGCCAGCCAGCGUCCAGCAGCCAGCCAGCGUCCAGCAGCCAGCCAGCGUCCAGCAGCCAGCUAGCGUCUAG